GUCUCCAAUUUAAUAUUUUACGUUUUCAUUCACUCAAACGAAUGAUUCUUUGAAUACUAGGCAAAAAAUGUUACAGUCAUUCACGAAGUAAGCAUCUUCGUCCAUUUUGAAUUUGACCGUCUUUUCAAGCUCACGGUUCAACAAUGGCGGACGCAGCUCCAGCCGGUGGACGUGGCGGUUUUCGCGGUGGCUUUGGAUCACGUGGAGGCGAUAGAGGACGUGGUGGUCCUCGUGGACGUGGUCGCGGCCGCGGUCGUGGUCGUGGACGCGGAAAGGAAGACCAAAAAGAAUGGGUUCCAGUUACAAAGUUAGGUCGCCUUGUAAGAGAGGGAAAGAUUGAUAAACUGGAGAGCAUUUAUCUAUUCUCUCUGCCUAUCAAAGAAUUUGAAAUCAUCGAUUUCUUCCUUGGCGCAUCCUUGAACGACGAAGUGCUUAAAAUCAUGCCUGUCCAAAAGCAAACUCGUGCCGGUCAACGUACACGUUUCAAGGCUUUCGUGGCGAUUGGAGACAACAAUGGACAUAUUGGACUUGGUGUUAAGUGCAGCAAGGAAGUGGCAACUGCUAUUAGAGGAGCUAUCAUCUUGGCUAAGCUGUCUGUUCUUCCUGUGCGAAGAGGAUAUUGGGGCAAUAAAAUCGGCAAACCCCACACUGUACCGUGCAAGGUUACCGGCAAAUGUGGUUCAGUAACGGUGCGCCUGAUCCCAGCUCCUCGUGGUACCGGUAUUGUAUCUGCUCCAGUUCCCAAGAAACUUCUUCAGAUGGCUGGAGUCCAAGAUUGCUACACUUCUGCCCGAGGUUCUACUGGAACUCUUGGCAACUUCGCUAAGGCAACUUAUGCAGCUAUUGCCAAGACAUACGCCUACCUAACACCAGAUUUGUGGAGGGAUAUCCCAUUGACCAAGUCGCCAUACUCCGAAUUCAAAGUCUAAACAAAUGGAUAAAUAAAUAUCUUGGAAUACACUUAAAA